AUGGCGAUGCAGGAUACGCCAUUUGCGGUGUUUGCCUGUGCAUAUGGUCUCUACCUGCUGCCAUUCAUCUACCUGCUGCUGUCGUCGCGGCUGCCAGCUGGCUCAAAGGCCUUACUACCUUGGCAGCCAUUGGGCAGCCCCUUCCUGGGCGCUCUCAUCUUUGAGAGCUGGCUUACCGUGCUGUACAUGCUUCUGCGACUGGCAGUGUCAAAGCUACACUGGAAGUUGAAGAUGAAGCCGCUUUGGCAACACAAGGACGACCUGCUGCGAAUGGCAUACCUCAAUGUUGGCCUGUGCUUCGUGGGACGUAUUCAGGCUCGCGUAUGGUCGCCGCAAACGGGAGGCACGUUCGAGUCUGUGCGCCUGGACUUCCUCCUCCUUGUGGCUUAUUUCACAUUUUUCUAUGCCGUCCUUUUUGAGAUGGUCCGGCACGUCAACCUGCACAUCUCUGCGGAUGUAUUCCGCAAUCCGCAAGGCCUCGGCAUUUGCACCGUGGCGCUGGCGGACUUCGAUGCGAUUGUGUACCUCUGGGGCAGGCUCUGCAGCAUCAGCGAAGAGAAGAAGGACAUCGUGUUCUAUGCCUUCCAGCAGCAGGUUCCCGGCACGGAACCUGUUUUCGAUUACUGGAAUCCCAAGGAAAACGAGCACACUUUCCACAUGGGAGAUCCGUGGCCAAGUGAGGAGAAGGGAAAACAUCCGGUCUUCUACGCGUACCCUCUCGGAGACGACAAGAAAGGUGAGAAGAAGCACACCUUCCACUUGGGAGAUGCUCGAGCACAUGAGGAUAAGCAUGAGCCUCAUUUUCUGGCGUUCCGCGAGCCACUCACCUGGAAGUCAGGAGUGAUCUGCGAUGGUGCACCAGCAGAGAACCGUGCCAAAUGGCUGAUGGAAAACAAGGGCAUGAGUGAGGCAGAGGCCCAAGCGUUUGUUAUCGGCGAGUUCCCCAAUCUGUUCGACAAGUCUGCACCAUCUUCCGGGCAUUUUGUGGAUGGCAAAUUCCCCCACACGCUCGAGCUGGUGAAGGAUGAUGCGGGCAAAAGCAGAUUGAAGUUCGCGGUUACGCCGUCCAACCACGAGAGCAUUACCAUGAUCGCCGUGCACUACAGCGUCAACGGUGAGCCGGGCAAGGAAGACAUGAAUUUCGACAUCAACAAGCCGGAGGAGGGUAGCCACACCUACGUCCACGUCACGCCGGCCUUUGGGCCUGUGUGUGAGCCUGGCUGCAAGGUCACAUAUUGGUUGGCUGCUAUGGACAAGGGUUUGAUCACAGAGAUGCCAGAGAAGGCCUGCCCCGUCAAGGAGAACCGACUGACAUGGAUAGCGCAGUGA